AUGACGAGCUCUUCUGAUGGUGUUUUUGUUUUCUUCGGAUCCGCUAUAAUUCUCCAGUGCGUCUGGUCUCCAGACAAUGCAACCCUGGACUUUGACAAGCUAGCCCGGAUCAUGUACCUCUUCUACUCGCAAGCGUGCGGCUAUAGUUUAAAAGUGGCUCGGUCUCUCUCCAAUAUUGAAUUACCAAAUGAAACAUUUGGUUUCCAAGUAUUGCCAAUAAAAUGGAAACCUGCACUAGUAACUGUUUCAACAAGAUUAUCAGCUAAAACAAGAAAGUACAUAGAGUUGAGUUUGGCAAUUCAUGUUGUCUGGAUGAUCGCGGCCAUAAUCCUCAGUAUUGUGACCAGAAAGAGCAAAAACAUCAAAGUACUGAAAGUGGUACUUGCUGUCUUCUUCUAUAUUACUGUUUCAGUCAUACUAUUUGAUUUGUCAAUAGCUAUCGUCUACGUCGUGCACAUCCAGCAAAGUCUUACCAAAGGCAUGGUGCUGAGAUACAGCGGCUGGAGUGUAGAGUUACAAUUGAAGAGUUAUGACGAAUUUGCUGGGUGGUUGCCUGUGGCAGCUUCUGUUUGCUGGAUGAGAGGUGUUCUCCUCUUAGUUCUGAAUAUGUAUAGCUGUAAAAUAAUUUACUACAUAAUAAAAAGGAUAAAAAAGAGAGAAAUAAAGAAGAGACUGAUGCAAGAGAAAAAUUUGCUUAUUCCCGAACCUGAAUACCAAUAGUUUAACGACAAAAAUGUAUUAUACUUCAGAACAAGGGAGCACAAACCCUUCGUUCAAAGAAACGUUAUAAAUAAAAUCUUCUAUUAAAAUAC